AAAAUCUAUUUAGUAUAUAGUAUAAAUGUCAGUGAAAUUUUGAGGUUAUAAAUUUUCACUGAAUACAACAAAUGUAAAUACUAUUAAUUAAUCGCUAUGGAAUCAAAUAAGGAAACGCUGCAGAAAUUUCCGAAAACCAUACGCAAAUAUAUUCAGGAGCUAUGGUUGGAUGGUACAAUUGUAUUAUCCUGCGGCAAUGUAAACAUAUACACUGAUGACAAGAAACCCAUCUAUGGCAAUGACCUUUCGCAAGGAACAAACUUUGUGGUGUGCAUACCAUUCGCUGGCAAGAUACUCAACUGGGAGAUAAUUUUCAACGAUGAGGAUCUCUCAUUGGCCCCAGACUUUGAUUUCAUAGAUGAUGAGUUUCUCCUGGACCCAGACAUUGAUGUUAUUGAAACUGAUGUUCCAUCUUUAGCCAAAUGGGACAUUGAGGAUUCCAAAGGUUUAGUUGCAGUUAUCAAAGAGUUUUUAGUGUUGUACAAGAAGUAUCAGUUUCUGAAGUUGCAAGAUAAUAGAUAUACAAGGCAGUACAUGGAAUACAGCUUGCUGAAUGAGGAAUUGGGAAUCACACAGGAUGAAAUUGAAGUGCUGAUCGAUCAGAAAGAAUCAGUGCAUUUCUUGAUUGCACUGAAAAUAGAUUGCAGUAAUUUACCACCUCAUGCACAAAGAGAAUUCUUUGCUGGUGGUAAAUGCUUGAAUCCAGGUGGUGAUUCAGCAACUCUCAAAGUUACCUAUGUAGGGAAUAAAGUUACAACAACUGUUGUACUCUCUCCAAGGCUGGAGGAGAUCCUGUGCAAAACGAAUCAAUUGAAUUUUCCUCCAUUCAACAAGGACAGCGGUUUGGUAGAGUACGUUCCGUUGGUACAUCAAGCUGUGCAGAAUCGCAUACAGCAGAUUCGAAAUCACUACAAUCUCUGUAAUAACUUCAUCAGCGCUUUCUUGGCGUAUCAAGGCCACAGCGUAUUGGAAUACGAUAGUAUUAACUUCAUGAAGAUAUCCUUAAUGCUGGAAGUCGAGAAUGCGUAUAGCGUUGUUACCAUUACAUUAGAUAACAAAUUCCCGCAGAGCAAACCCAAGGUGCAGUUGCUAUCAAUUUCCCAUAAGAAGAAUGAUAUACCUCAUGUUGAGAACUUGGCCUAUCCUUACAGCCCCAAAUGGACCAUGGAGUUCCUAGCCAAUAAGAUUUUGACCCAGCUAGCAGAAGCUGUACCAAUGUUCAAAGAAGACUGUAUUAAGUUUUAAUCCAUCAAGUAAAUCGCGAUCGCUUCUACCACUUAUAUAAUAAGCUUAUAUAAUACAAUACUGUAUAUCUUUAUUAUUUUA